GCUACGGGAGCCGGGCGGGCACGUUACGAACCGCUGUUGAGGUGGUGGCUGCGGCGAAGGAUGCACCCGGCAGGUUUGGCGGCGGCGGCGGGGACGCCCCGGCUGCCCUCGAAGCGGAGGAUCCCUGUGUCCCAGCCAGGCAUGGCUGACCCCCACCAGCUUUUCGAUGACACAAGUUCAGCUCAGAGCCGGGGCUAUGGGGCCCAGCGGGCACCUGGCGGCCUGGGCUACCCCUCAGGCUCCACCUCGCCCCAGACCGCCUUCCUGGCUGAUCCUGUAUCCAACAUGGCCAUGGCCUACGGGAGUAGCCUGGCCGCGCAGGGCAAGGAGCUGGUGGAUAAGAACAUCGACCGCUUCAUCCCUGUCACCAAGCUCAAGUAUUACUUUGCCGUGGAUACCAUGUAUGUGGGCAAGAAGCUGGGCCUGCUCUUCUUCCCCUACCUGCACCAGGACUGGGAGGUGCAGUACCAGCAGGACACACCCGUAGCCCCCCGCUUUGAUGUCAACGCCCCAGACCUCUACAUUCCAGCCAUGGCUUUCAUCACCUACGUCUUGGUGGCUGGCCUUGCGCUGGGGACCCAGGAUAGGUUCUCCCCAGACCUCCUGGGGCUGCAGGCGAGCUCGGCCUUGGCCUGGCUGACACUGGAGGUGCUGGCCAUCCUGCUCAGUCUCUACCUGGUCACUGUCAACACCGACCUCACCACCAUCGACCUGGUGGCCUUCUUGGGCUACAAAUAUGUCGGGAUGAUUGGCGGGGUCCUCAUGGGCCUGCUCUUUGGGAAGAUUGGCUACUACCUGGUGCUGGGCUGGUGCUGCGUGUCCAUCUUUGUGUUCAUGAUCCGGACGCUGCGGCUGAAGAUCCUGGCAGAGGCGGCGGCCGAAGGGGUCCCAGUGCGCGGGGCCCGGAACCAGCUGCGCAUGUACCUGACCAUGGCCGUGGCGGCGGCGCAGCCCCUGCUCAUGUACUGGCUCACCUUCCACCUGGUGCGGUGAGGCGCCUCCCGCUGCGGCUCCCGGUCGCCAAGCUGCCGCCGGACUCAUCUCCGCCCGCCGCCCGGGUCCGCCCCGCCCGGGCGCAGGCGCCGCCCCGUCCCCAGGUCCCCUCCCCGCCGCGGUGCUGAGAUCUCCAGCUGCACAGGCCGCCCGCGCGGCCGCUGUUACCGAAACAAUAAAGCCCGAUGGGCACGGCGUGGGCCGCCUCUCCUUG